CAUAAAUUGGAUGGACUCGUGCUAAUAUCAAUAACAGAAUACACAAGCUGAUCCGGCCUAGACCCCAACUUCUUACUCUCCACCAUGCCUCCCAACUGCGGCAACACGCCACUCCACCAAUCCGUCCUCAGUGGCCACGUCUCCGUCAUGAAUGUCCUUCUAGCUCACGGCGCCCACCCAGACGCGGUAGACGAUUCUGGUCGCACAGCAUUGCACCUAGCUUGCGAGAAGGGACAAGAGCAGAUUGUACGACUCUUAAAUCUCUUCCAGCCUUUGUAGACAAUUUAUUGCAUUACCAGGAUUGAUUG